AUGGACGCCGAGACAGGGGAGGAACUCCGGCUGAUCCUGGUGGGGAAGACCGGAGGCGGGAAGAGCGCCACGGGCAACACCAUCCUCAGCCGGAGGGAGUUCAAGUCCACCUUGGGGCCAAACGCCACCACCCUGAAGUGCGAAAGGGGGCAGGGAACCUGGCAGGGCAGGAAGGUCUCCGUGGUUGACACGCCAGGCAUUUUCGAGUCCGAAAACUACGAUGAGAUUGUGCGACGUGAGAUCCUGGCUUGCAUCAACUUCUCCCGGCCCGGCCCCCACGCCCUGAUCUUGGUGACCCAGGUGGGGCGCUUCACCGCGGAAGAUGCGGCUGCCGCCAAGUGCGUCUGGCAUAUCUUUGGGGCCGAGUCCGCCAGGCACACCAUCGUCCUCUUCACCUGCCUGGAGGAUUUGGGAGGGGCCUCCCUGCAGGAGUAUGUCCGAAAGUCCGACAACCGGAAUCUGCGGGACCUGAUCCGGCGGUGCGGGAACCGCUUCUGCGGGUUCGACAACAAGGCCGUGGGAAUCGAGCAAGAGAGGCAGGUCUCGGAGCUGAUGGGGACGGUGCAGAGCCUCGUUUCCCAGAACCGGGGGAGCUACUACGUCAACCGGCUGUACGGGGAGCCCAACCUACGGGACGAGCACGUCAGGAUCUUCGUCGAGCAGAACCGAAAGCCAGGCAGAAGCCUCAUCAAGCUGCUCUUCCUUCCACUCCGGUUUCCAUCGCUUAAGCCAGGGGUACCCAACUUUCCUGGGUUGGCGGCCCGGUGGGAGAGGGAGGGGCAGGCGCCUUAUGUCCAUGUGCGCAAACAUGACAAUGGCUAUAUGUGUGCGUGCAUGCGCACACACACAGGCAGUGAGCGUGCGCGCCAUGCCUCUCUCAGCGACGCAGGUAUCUGUGUGAGGCUUGUGACGCCGACGACGCCAGGCUCGCGGCGAUACGACUACCGGCGCGAGGAUCGUACUGGCGCCAACUCCAUGUGA